GUAGGAGAGUUCACAUUUUUUUUUUUUUUGUCUCAGACUCCGCCAAUUCUCUGGAAACUUAAUUUGGAUAUUGUUAAUUUGUUCUCGCAUAGAUCGAUUCCUCUUACGGAGAAAUGCAAUCGAUUCGUAGCAGUACAAGGUUGCUUCAGAGGCAUCGUUUCUCCAUCUCCAACACUCUUCGUUUCACUUCUUCUUCUUCUUCUUCUGGAAGCUGGUCUGAAAAUGAAUCGAGGAUGGUAGGAUUUGAUUCUUUCCCUUGUACCAGAGCUGCGACAUAUCUCAUUAGCUCGUUGAAAAAUGUCGGUUUUUCCUCUUCGGCGAUACCUAAACAAGACUUUAAGUAUUCGUUGAGGUGCUUUUCUACUACCGGAGAUUCUGUUCAAUCUACUCCUCAAGGAUCCCCUGAGUCAGAUUGUGUUGUGCCUCAGAGAAUCAAGUUUAAGCGGCUUGAUAAAACCGCUAAGCAUAUAAUGCAGGUACAACUCAAACUAGACAACUAUCAUGGAUACAAUCAUGUCAUCUUUUACCUAUGUCAUAAUCUUCUGCAGAUUGUAGACAAGGAGGCAGUUGAGGAAGUGAGAAAUCUUAGAGAGAUUCCAGAGAUAAAGCCUGGUUACAUUGUUCAGCUUAAAGUGGAAGUGCCUGAGAACAAGAGGCGUGUAUCAAUAGUAAAAGGCGUUGUCAUAGCAAGGCGUAAUGCUGGUCUUAACUCAACAUUUAGAAUUAGAAGGCUUGUCGCUGGAGUGGGCGUUGAAUCCAUGUUCCCCUUGUAUUCCCCAAACCUGAGGGAGAUUAAGGUGGUGGACAAGAAGAAAGUAAGAAGAGCCAAGCUCUAUUACCUCAGGGACAAGGUGAAUGCUCUCAAGAAGCAUUAACAACCAUAUAAAAAGCAAUCUACUCUUAUCUUAAAACAAUUUUCGAAGGUUUUAGUUACACUCCCUCAAAAGGAGACGAUUUGGCCUUAGUGUCACAUUGAAUUCGUGUAAUGAUAAUGAAUCUCUUCAGUCCUCUUGAUAACUCGUUAGCAUAUCAAUUUAUUUUUAUCUCAAAGAUAUAAAUUUAUAAGUAAAACAAAAUAUUUUUUCUAUCCAACAAGAAAAAAUAAAGAUUUUGAACGUUAGAAAAUUGUACUAAACUGUUUUAUAAUUAUUAGUGUUAAAU